AACGACUCUAAGCUCUACUACUCCUUCAAAUUACCCAUCCUUAAACUCUUUCCUUCUUUCCUCUUCACAACAUGACUAGUACUAGUGAUUGGCUAAACUUCCACCAAUCCUCCUCCGCGCUCACGGACCAAGCGGAGACACCCUAUAGCGCCUCCCCGGCCUCCGACACCUUUUUCUCGGGUCGUGCUUCAGAUCCCACAACAUCAACCAUGAGCCCUAAUACAACCUCACCUCAGACUGGCCCGGCCCAACUAGGCCCAUCACCAGGCCGGGUCAACAAGCCCGUUCGUAAGCGGACUCGGGCGUCCCGACGCACCCCCACUACACUCCUAAACACCGAUACCACCAACUUCCGAGCCAUGGUCCAGCAAUUCACGGGCGGGCCGAGCAACAACUUUGAUAUUUCUGGGCCAGGCUCGCAAAUAUACGGACAGGGUUAUGGUAUCCAGCUUCCAGUGGCCCAAAUACAACAACAAAUAAUAGGCCCGGUACGAUAUUCCAUCUCAUCAAGCAACGAUAACAAUAAUAAUGAUAAUAUGAACAUUAUGCUCAUGCAAAGGAUGGGAGAAGUUUAUAAUACUAAUGAAGGAAGAACUAAUACUAACGUGAAUAUGAGCUUAAACGGGCCGAACAACGGGUCAUCAUCAAGUGAGAACAGAAGCAACACUAUUUUCCAUUUUUAACUUCAAAUUAAUUAAGUUUUUUUUUUUUUAGUAAAAAAACUUUUUCAUUCAAGGGUAGUUUGUUUUUAAUUAAUUUUUUCAUAGGCGGUCAGAAAAACUCCAAUUACAAUAUUAAAAAAAACCAUGGAACAAAUAGGCAACUCGAAAUUCUCUUCUUAAAGUCACUUUAAGUGGAGUAAUAGAAAGUAGAAAAAGAAAAAAAGAGGUUUGGUAGAGUUUGGUAAGCUGACCUUUUGGAAUAUUUCAAAGAAUCCAGAAACACACGGAUGACCUUCGUUGUUUUUCUUUUAUUUUUUUUUUUCUCCUUUUUCUAAUUACAAUACUUUUUUUAUUUAUCUUUAUUUUAUUUUAUUUUAUUUUUGUCCAAAAAUUAUUAGGACUUAUAAUUACUUUUAUUGGGGUUAUUGGUAUGUUUGACUAAGGUAGAAGUGAUAAUCUCUUAAUAUCAAUUUUAUUGAUUCUCUAGCUUCUUUUUUUCUUUUUUGUUUUGUUCUUCCCUUUGUGGUGGGACGAUGUUAGGGAAUUGAACAUGCGUCAAAUGCGUAAUUGAACUCUUUUUUUUUUUUUUUUUUUUUUUUUUUUUUUUUUUGGGUUGUUGCCCAAGUUUAUAAUACUUGAUAAUUGAUCUAUAAGGGUUUGUUUUAAUCAUUUUAUAAUAAGAAUGUCUUUACUUUCAUUAUUUGAACAUCUUAUUCUUCAUUAAUAUUUAGCUACAAGGGAGUAUGACUAUUUUCAAUGUUAUUGUGUAGGACUCUCAUUAUUGUAAAUUUUAUUUUUGAGAAUACUGGAGAGUUAUAUAUUCAAUACUAAUUAUAUUUUAUCAUUUUUAAAAAAUUAGAUUAGUUUAAUAGUAAUUACAUAUGCUAACUCUGGAGGUUGCUUCUCAUCGAUGAUUUAGAGAAUUAGAUCAUUAGCUUGUAUUUUGCUUUAUUUUCUUAGGGCUUUCUUUUCCUCCUUUGCACAUAAAAAGUAAGGGUAAGGGCUGCAACCCUUUAUAGAAGAUAGGGAGUUUUUUACAUACUAAUGCAUUGUAUAAGGUGGGAGAUGUUUUUUCUAUUCUUGUAUUGUAUUGUAUUUACUUUUUUAGUGAAAUGAAAAUAGUCCUAUUUAGUUUUUGAUCAUUAUUCACUUAUCACUCUUAAUUUAUAUUUUUUUCUUUUUAAUCUAUAAGUUAAAACAUAUUCAUGUGCAUAGUUAUUAGAAUCCCAAUUCUGAUCUACGGUGCUACCAUCUUAAAAUCCAAAAAUAGGUGACCGUUCCGAAUUGUAGCUAGAAUUUGAAUAUAGUAGAAUCAUAUCAUUCUACUUAGCUCAAGAAUUUAGGUGGAGGAUCAUAACACGAUUCUACAAUCCUACAAUCUAGCGAUCCUAUCGUACAUAGUUAGUUUCAAUCAUAAAAAAAUUUCAUAUAAUACAUAUUUCACUUACGAAUAAAUAUAUAUUUAGAAUAAUUAUAUCAAUAACUUUAUAAAAUUCU